AAAUUUACGAUAACGCAGGUUAUUUGUCGGGGAGGGAGCUGAUAUGUGGGAGCGGGCGUUAAGGUGUCUCGAAAACCUAUAAAGGAGAAUUAUAGAUCUCGGAAAAAUUUGUGAGUAACGCGAGAAUAUAUGUCCGAUGGAAAAGUAGUUUGGAGUAGCCGGUGCGCAGGUGGUGCCGAAUGUCGGAGGUAUAACAAUUAUUACGAGUGUCUGCGAAAGGGGCCUCGAUCGAUCGACGGCGAUAAAAAAAAAAUGGCUAUCGAUGUACAGCGUUGGAAAUUUUCAUUAGGAAAAUUCACGUCGGGGUGAUAAAAGGGUGAGGGUGUUUAUUCGUUGCAUUCCGUAGACGGACAGCCCGUAGCUACGAAUUCCAAUAUCGGCUUGUUUACGGGUUACCAAGGGCAACGUUCGAUAUGAAUUCUCGUGGAAGUUCUUCCUUCCAGGUCGGCUGCACGUAGUCGACAUCGCGCCUCGCUACAAUGCUAUACGGAUUUUCGCAAAAUGUUAUCGGUAUCGUUUUUUCCGCCUUCGAAUAGCGUGGAAGGAAAAUUUUUUCUCACUUUUGGUUUUGGCCCUCGCCAACCGGCCACCGGCUCGAUCCCACGACAGGCGGUGAGCUUUUCGGACGUACGCGUAAUAAUAUAACUUCAAAGGCGAACUCGAUAAUCGUUAAACGCGUUCGCGUACGAAACUCGUUGCGGUCAAUAAAACUCCGGAUUAUAUCCGGAGCGCGCGGGAUGUAAAUUGACGCGGUCAAAAAAUUAAGGGCGAUCGUUGGAAACCCGGGUUACCCGGUGACCCCGUGGUACCUGCCGGCACCAGGUACCGUUUAUGGAUUGUCCGAGGCUCGGUUUUCCUCGUUAAAGGUCCUCGAUAAGGUUUCCUCCGCCUACUUUCCGGCAUUCGGUUUAGCUCGGUGCUUCGAAAAGAGGUGCGCGAAAGAAGCGGGGAAAGAGAAAAAAAAAAAAAUGACGAUCCUCAUUCGCGGUUCGCGACGAUUGUUAAAUCUGCAGUUAAAUCGGUGAAAGCGAGAAACAACCGAGGACCUCGAUAAGAAUGUUUGAAUGGGUGGUUUGUGUUCCUGUCGAGGGCGCGAGAGCCAGGUCAACGCCGGGUCGAUCCUCGACCGGGUCAUCAGCCAGGCGAGUAACCAGGAUCAGUGUCUCCUCUACCGUUUGGCCAACUACAAGAAGGGCGGCGAGUUGAUCGAGGCAUACAACGCCGGUGGUCAGGUGGAGGUCGAGAAGGUUGUGAGGGAACAAUUCAGCGUGCUGAUGUACGCCGACGGUAAGGGCCAGGUGAUCAACAGGGCGGAGUAUCUGAGGUGGAAAUUCCGGGACCUCGAGGAAGUCGUUCUGCCAAUUGAAGCUUCGUUAUCCAGAUUUGAUCCCCUCGCUCAAUGGAAGGACCACGACGCCUGCUGGCAAAUGCAGUACCGCGGCUCCCUCGGGGAGACCCUGCUCCACGUCCUCAUUAUAUGCGACACCAGAGUGCACACCAGGAUCGCGCGCAUCCUCCUCAAGUGUUUCCCCAAGCUGGCCAUCGACGUCGUCGAGGGCGAGGAGUACCUCGGAGCCAGCGCUCUUCAUCUGGCCAUCGCCUACAACAACAACGAGCUCGUCCAAGACCUGGUGGAGGCCGGUGCCACCGUCUCGCAGAGAGCGACCGGAAGCUUUUUCCUACCCAGGGAUCAGCAGCGGAUGAAUCCCGCGAGGACUACCGACUACGAAGGUCUCGCCUACCUCGGGGAGUAUCCCCUUGCCUGGGCGGCGUGUUGCGCCAACGAGAGCGUCUAUAAUCUACUGUUGGACUCCGGCGCUCAUCCCGACGAACGGGACUCCUUCGGAAAUAUGAUUUUGCACAUGGUUGUCGUAUGCGACAAAUUGGACAUGUUCGGUUACGCGCUGAGGCACCCCAAACUGCCGGCUCGCAACGGGAUCGCCAAUUCCGCUGGACUGACGCCCCUGACCCUCGCUUGCCAGCUGGGGCGCGCCGAAGUCUUCAGAGAAAUGCUGGAGCUCUCGGCGAAGGAAUUCUGGCGCUACAGCAACAUCACGUGCUCCGCCUACCCACUCAACGCGCUGGACACCCUGUUACCCGACGGCCGAACAAACUGGAACUCGGCGCUAUUUAUUAUACUGAAUGGAACCAAGGAAGAACAUUUGGACAUGCUAGACGGGGGAAUUAUUCAACGGCUCCUUGAAGAAAAAUGGAAGACUUUCGCCCGCCUCCAGUUCUUGAAACGACUGGUUAUCCUCGUGUUUCAUCUGGUGUCGUUAUCAUUGGCCGUUUAUCUUCGUCCCGGCGACGCGGAUUCCGAACUUCUCGCCUGGCCGGAGGACCCGACGGACGUCGCAAGAACAAUAGCGGAAGCCAUGACCGUACUCGGAGUCCUUAGCUACAUCCUCAUACAAUUGGGCGGCGAAGUCGUCAACAUCGGGCUUUUAUCAUUCCUCAGACAGCUGAGUCACGAACCGGCGAAAUUCAUAUUCUUAGCGAGCAAUCUGUUGAUUCUCGCAUGCAUCCCGUACCGCCUUGCCGAAAAUCGACACGCCGAAGACGCGAUCCUCGUCGUGGCCGUACCCGGAUCCUGGUUUCUCCUUAUGUUCUUCGCAGGGGCCGUACGACUGACCGGACCUUUUGUGACUAUGGUCUACAGCAUGAUAACCGGCGACAUGUUGACUUUUGGAAUGAUAUACACCGUUGUGUUAUUCGGAUUCUCGCAGUCCUUUUACUUUCUUUACAAAGGAUUCCCCGGAGUGAAAUCCUCCCUCUAUAGCUCCUACCCUUCUACUUGGAUGGCACUGUUUCAAAUUACCCUUGGCGACUACAACUACCCGGAGCUAAGCUUUACGACGUACCCAAAUCUGAGUAAAACGGUGUUCGCCAUUUUUAUGGUUCUCGUUCCCAUACUACUGCUGAACAUGUUGAUAGCCAUGAUGGGGAACACUUACGCUCACGUCAUCGAGCAGAGCGAGAAGGAAUGGGUGAAGCAGGUCCCUAUCGCUGCACAAUCAAUCAGCUACGAAUUGAUGGCGAUAUAUAUAUACAUAUACAUACAUAUAUAUCGUCGGCUAUCGAGCUUUCCGUACAGAAUCGCUACUAUAUUCGCACAGAAUUCGCUAAAUUUAAUUCCGAACACACCGGCCCCGAUUUUAUCCCCUAUAUCCGUGCGUCGUUUCAGUGGGCUAAGAUCGUCGUGUCCUUGGAGCGAGCUGUUUCCCAGAAGGACGCGCAUAAUUAUCUUCAGGAGUAUAGCAUUAAACUCGGGCCAGGUGACGACCCAAAUAAUCCCGCCUCGGAGCAACGGGGAGUUAUGGUUAUCAAAAGCAAGUCUAAGACGAGGGCGAAACAGCGCAAGGGUGCGGUCGCUAAUUGGAAGUGCCGCGGUUGAGCCGUCGGAAGUUACGGCCUUAACUGGCGGUUUUGGUGAUGCCCUGACAGCUGCUCUUGACGUUAUGGCGUUCGCUCACGAUUUGGACAUAACUACGGCCACCCAAGGAAUACCGACUACGGCCAAUCCGUUGGCUCCGUCGAAAGUUUCAAAAACGCACCUCCAGCCACAGCCGCCGAUCCAGCAGCAGCCGCAGGUGACCCAGAAGCCGGCACAGGCUCCCGGAAAAGCACCGGGGAUUUCGGAAUUGAUUGAAAAAAAACCAAUCAUCGGUGCCAAUUCCGAGAGAAAGCCGUUUAUUACGGAAACCCUUGCAGGCGAGCUAUUUGGGGUGCGGCUGGAGGAUAAAGACGUUCGGAAUUUAAAAUUACCCGACGUAACGGAAAACCCGGAUCCGUUACUCGAUCUCGUUAUCACCGCCGAAAAUCCGUCCUGCGACGACGCGACCUUACUUAACAUUGCAAAAACGGCUCAAUUUAUUUCGGAGGCCGGCGACGCAGCCGCGGCAUUGCAGCACGCUCAUCAACGCCGAUCAAUUACCAAGCUUCUUCCCUCGACCUUUACCGCCAAAAAACAAUUCUUGAUCGAAUCGAGCGAUAACGACAUUCACGGAGACAACGCUCUUCUCGGGGCGGAAACUCGACUGCGAAGAAUCCGAUCAGCGAGCAGCAGACUCGCAUCGAGUAGGAAAUAUUCCUACCGCGGCGACGACGACAGUUCGUCCUCAUCCCCUUCCGCGGACCUCAACGCCGGCUAUCGCCGUUUGAUGGACGAACCGGAGGACCGGUUCAACUCACGUGAGAACGAGACGGUGAAAAUUUCCACACCGCCGAAAACGGAAACUUUGACGAACUUAGCGGCGAACGGUCACGGGACAACGUCAAAGGCCGCCGGCAAACACAGGUCCGUCAAGACCGCGAAGAAUAGAGUGGCGCCGAAGGAGGUAGACAGAUCCGUUAAGAGGAGGGAAAAAUCUGCGGGCCCGGAACCCGCCACGGCAUCACCCGAAUCUACUCCGGAUCCACUGGAACCUUGGAGCACGCGAGGCAUCACGGACAUGAACACAAUCCUCGCGUGGAAGGAAAACGCUCCCGAAAGUCCGUAGCGUAGCGCCGUUUUCCUUAAAAUCACCCCCCCACCCCCACCCCCCCCGCCCCUCGACUUUGCGGAGGGAUUUCCCUUGAUCGGGGAUUUCGGGAUCAAAGAUCUCGGGAGACGAUGUCCUCGGGAUAGAAAAGGUUGACUUCCGACCGAGAAUACCAAUUGCUAAUUGGAUCGCGUAAAUUCGGAUAAAUCUGCCUUCCCGUUACUCCAUUGUUUUUUUUUUUACCAAACUAAAAUCUCUGUACUAUUAAAACCCGUCGCACACGGUUUCGCUAUUAGUGGACAAACAAAAAAAAAAGAAAACAGAAAGCGAAUGAUGAGAAAUUUUCUUUUUUUUUUUUUUAAAAUAAAAGUAAAGGAAGCGUAUUCCCUCCUCACGCCCCACGCGGUCCAAUUAACGUCAAGCUACCCAAUUCGGGGCUACUUAAUUGUUGAGCAACCGCCUGGAAAGAUUCAUUUUUAAAUAUAUCUAACUAAUCGACUCGUCCUCCGAGUUUAGUGAGCACAAAAUUUCGAUCCAGAACCGUAGAAUAAUCAAAUGAAUGUCAAGUGCACGAUGUAACGUUCGUAUAGAGAUUAUCACGAUAAUUCGUAGAUUUUAUAUUUGCAGUUUUCAUACCAGGGACUGAUACGUGUACGUGUAAAUUUCAUUGUCAGUACACACUCGCGAGAUUGAUAUCCGAUUUCAGAGGCGGCUAGUACGGGGGAGCGCCUACGCAAUAGUUCAAACAGAGCUGUGAUUGUGCAGAUAUGAUAAACCACCCUCGCUGCUCCUCGACAUCCCACGUAGAGUAGGAUCGCUAUAUCGAACUACCUAUAACCAUAUCGAACAAAGCAGCGGAGUAAAUUCCUCGAGCUUCAUAAGCUCGCAAGCGUUCCUGUUGCGCGAUUCAUAAUGUAACGUAUUAUAGGUCAUGUGUAUGCUCGAUAAAUUCCAGGAUUCGCACCUGUCAAGCUUGCCGCUAUCAUAUGUGAGUAAAUUCCGCCGUCGCUCCUGCAGUCUUAUUCUGUAAGUAGCUUACGCCGUAGUGAAUUUUAAUAAAAAAAUUUAAAACAAAAAAAAAAUAAGAAAA